AAAAAAAAAAGCAUAUCAAAACAAAACUGAGAGAGAGUAUCCAUAUUUGGAGGAAAAAGAAAAGAAUGCAGCAGCCCUAUGAGUACCGUUACCCACAAGGCACUGGCCCUUCGGCUCCUCCGCCGCCUCCAAAAGCCGGAGUGAUAGUGGAUCCAAAGUACUGCUCUCUGCACCCUGUAGAUUUGGCGAUCGUACGGAAGGUGUUGAAGAUAACGGACGGUAACUUCGUGAUAACGAAUGCGGAAGGAAACUUGUUGUUCAAGGUGAAGGAUCCUUUUUUUAGUCUUCACGAGAAGAGGAUCUUGAUGGAUGGUUUUGGAACUAAGGUCUUGACUUUGAAAGGGAAGAUAAUGACCAUGCAUGACAGGUGGCUAGUGUUUAGAGGAGGGAGUACGGAGGAGGUUGAUCUGCUAUACACGGUGAAAAGAUCAAACAUGGUUCAGAUAACCACCAAACUUGAUGUGUUUUUGGCUGAUAACAUAGAGCAGAAGAAAUGUGAUUACAGACUCGAAGGGGUUUGGCUCGAGACUUCUUGUUUUGUCUACGCUGGCGAUUCUGACAUCAUUCUUGCCCAAAUGCGCGAGAAGAAAACGAUGCAGAGCGUUCUCUUUGGAAAGGACAAUUUCUGCCUCACUGUUAAUCCAAAUGUUGAUUAUGCCUUCAUUGCCUCUCUCAUUGUCAUCCUUGUAGAAAUACAAAUAAGUCUUAGAAAAUUAACAAAACAACUCUUGCUUUUAGAAUAAGAUGUUGUAUUAUAGUUAGUGGGCUACAUUUAAUUUGUUUCCAUUAAUCAAGGUAAUGUCGAGUGCAUUUUGGAGUUUCAUCAAAAAGAUGAUAUAUACCCAAUCGAAAGUUUAUGGAAGAGGGACAUAACAGAUUUCAUCUGUUAGCCUGUAUGUAAGGCUUCCCAAAGGACAGCGAGGUUAUAUUCCACUCUUGCAUCGAAAUUGUUUCAGUUUUCUUUAUUUGCGUACAAUGGUUGUAUUGUAUUUGAUUCUAUACUUUGUAAGCUCUUUGUGAUAUAAAA